AUGGACGCCGAUGAAAGAGAGGAUUUGGAUGAUGAUAGUGAAGAUGAAAUGCAGAUGGAUAUGCAAGUCGAACAUCCCACAAUUCAGGAGAAGACAAUUGAAGAUUCACCAGAAAAACUCAAGGGUUCAAGAAAGAUGAGUAAAUUACUGACAGUAAAAGUUUCCAAGAUGGAUGACGAUUUUGAGAUAGUUCCUGCUCCAUAUACAGAUUCUAGUGAUUCAUCAGACGAUUCAGAUGAAGACGAUAUUGGUUCAAAAGCAGAGAUAUUGGCUUGUGCAAAAAUGAUGCUAUCGAAAAAGCAGAGGGAACCGAUUCUUGAUGAUGCGUACAAUAAAUAUAUGUUCCAUGACGAGGGAUUAUUACCGAAGUGGUUUGUGGAUGAGGAAAAGAGGAAUUACCAGCCCCAAUCAAGCCUGUGA